AUGGCCGGGGCGGAUGAUGACCACAACGGCGAUGCAGCUGCGAGUGACGUGCAGGCGGCCAGUCGACUGCAUCCACAACCGCCUCAAAAGCGCCGCCGAACCCAGGGCACGACGUCGACGCGCGGAGUGGCAAAUCUUACUCCUGAACAGCUGGCCCGCAAGCGAGCAAACGACCGUGAGGCCCAGCGUGCCAUUCGCGAGAGGACCAAGAACCAGAUCGACCGCCUGAACCAGCGCAUUCGAGAGCUGGAGAACCAGCAGCCGUACCAUGACCUGCAGGUUGUACUGCUCGAGAAGGACGCCAUCCGGGCGGAGAAUGACGAUAUUCGGCGGCGGUUGGAGGCAGUGGUCUCCAUGCUACAACCAGUCCUGAGGCAAUCGGGAGGCCUCAAUGAAUUGGCAGCCGCGGCCGAACGAAGCCCCCUUCCUAUUCCUCGAGACCCCGCCUCCCACCCUCCCGACCAUCGCGCCUUCCGCACUGGUCUGGUUGCUCUGCAAGAAGCCACUUCGCCGCGUCAGAAUGGCGUGUCUGUCCACUCCCCAGACACGCCAGAUGCAGGCCGGCAAUGGCUGUUCCCUGGCGAGCCUCCAACCAGCCAUGUUCGACGCUGGCAGGGAGAAAGUCCUCAAUUCGACCAUGCGCGCACCUCUCACGUACACAGCGAGAUGCCUUUUGAUGAGCGUUUAGGCGUCGACUUUAUCCUAGACAACAACCAGAGAAGGGUGGACCCCAAUCUACCGCCUCCCCACCAGCCUACCACUGCCAAUGGCUUUGGCCAACAUGCGCCAACUAUGGUUCCUCACCUUACGUUCCCCCGAACCAUACCGGCUACCUGCCCUCUGGAUGUACUUAUGCUAGAUUUUCUCGCAGAUCGUCACGCCCGCGCUGCUGAGGGAGUGCCCAUCAAGACGCUUGUUGGCCCUCUCUACCCCAAUUUCACCGCCCUAGUCUACCGCGACCGAAACGUGGACGCUCAUCCACUAUCAAAGUUAUUCACAGACAUCCUCCGCACCUUCCCGGAUAUCUCUGGACUCCCUGAGCAAGUCGCCGUAGUCUUCAUCAUGUUCCUCAUCAUGCGCUGGCAAGUAGAACCGACUCAGGAGAACUAUGACCGACUUCCAGACUGGGUGACACCACGCGCGUCACAGCUCUUCGUCCCUCAUCCAUACUGGAUGGACCAUCUGCCUUGGCCUCGUCUCCGCGAUCGAUGCAUUGCAGCGCAGCCCUUCACCCCUUUAGAUACUUUCUUCAUCCCGUUUACGACUACCGUCUCCCUGAAUUGGCCGUAUGAAGCGCGUGAUUGCCUGCUCCCUGCUUCGAAGAUCCAUUCCUCGUCGCUCUCAUCCACAUCUUCCAUUCCAGCUUCCAGCCCCUACUCUACCGCUGUUCAUGCAGGGUCUCCACCUGGUCCGCCAACUCCAGGUCCGGCUGUCAGUACUCCGGGCACCGUCAGCGCUGUAGGAAAGGAAGACGAGCAAUGGCUGAUCAACCCUGCAUUCGAGAGCCAUCUUCGUGACCUUAGGAACUGGAGUCUAGGCCCAGCUUUCAGGACUGCAUUCCCGCAAUUUGCUGAUGCGGUCAGGAUCAAGGACGGUCGGUAAAUUUAUCUGUAGAUGACAAAAAAAAGGUGCGAGUGGAGGAAAGGGUAAUAUAAGAGGUAAUACGAGCAGCUGGUAUCACAAUAUCUAUGAAUAUUCCCGCGGUCAAUUCACGCGACAAAAAAAGUUUCGGUAUUCGGUCUCUACUUCUUAGGCGAUUACAAGGAUAUUUUACCUGGGCUUCCUUUUCCCCCUUCAACGGAUAUGAUCGGUUAUGGAAAAAAAGGACGAGGAAAAAAAGGACGAGGAGAGGAGAAUAGGCGCCCGGAUUUUAGAACGGAUUAUAUUGGAAUUAUGUCUUGGU